AUGCUGCUCCUCUGGGUUCUGAAGUUCUCAAACGUUCAUGCAUAUCGGGGCCAGGAAGAUGAAUGCAGCAUGCUAAAGGGGCCUGGCCACUACAUUUAUGUGGACACCUCCUUUGCCAAGCAGGGGGAAAAAGCCGUGCUGCUGAGUUCUGACCUACAGGCUGAGGAAUGGAGCUGUCUCCGACUGGUCUACCAGAUAACCACGUCUCCAGGGUCUUCAUCAGACACCAGCCGGCUGAACCUCUAUGUGAGAUUUGAAGAUGAAAGUUUUGAUCGCCUGCUUUGGUCAGCUAAGGAACCUUCAGACAGCUGGCUCAUAGCCAGCUUGGAUUUACAAAACAGUUCCAAGAAAUUCAAGAUUUUAAUAGAAGGUGUGCUUGGACAGGGAAACACGGCCAGCAUCGCACUCUUUGAAAUCAAGAUGACAACCGGCUACUGUAUUGAAUGUGACUUUGAAGAAAAUCAUCUCUGUGGCUUUGUGAAUCACUGGAACCCCAACGUGAACUGGUUUGUUGGAGGAGGAAACAUUCGAAACUCCCCUUCCGUUCUCCUGCAGGAUCACACCUUCAAGAGUGAACUGGGCCACUACAUGUACGUGGACUCGGUGUAUGUCAAGCACUUCCAGGAGGUGGCGCAGCUCAUCUCCCCGAAGACCAUGGCCCCCAUGUCCGGCUGCCUGUCGUUUUAUUACCAACUCCAGCAGGGGAAUGACAAUAGCUUCUCCCUCUAUACUCGGGAUGGGGCCGGCCUUUACGAGGAAAUCUGGAAAGUGGGCCAGCCAGGGAGUGCUGCCUGGAAUCUGGCCGAGGUGGAGUUCAGCGCGCCGUACCCCAUGGAGGUGGUUUUCAUGAGCCUAUGCAAAAGUUUUUGGGACUGUGGCCUGGUAGCCUUGGAUGACAUUACAAUAGAAUUGGGAAGCUGCUUGUCUCCAGAGAGGCUUCUACCCGCACCUGGAGAGUGUACUUUCGAACAAGAUGAGUGUGCAUUUACCCAGGAGAGAAGAGACCGGAGCAGCUGGUACAGGAGGAGGGGAGAGACGCCCACCUCCUACACAGGACCUAAGGGAGAUCACACUACUGGG